GUUCGAUUACUGCAUCUGAACUAGGUUGCAGUGAAGGUAUUGGAAAGGGGCAUUAUUUUAAUGGAGCUGGUAGUGGUGCCGGACAUGGGGGCCAAGGGGGCUCGGGCUAUUUCAAUGGGAGAGUUUGUAAUGGUGGCCAUAAAUAUGGUAAUGCUGACUUUCCCUGUGAGUUGGGAAGUGGAGCUGAGGGCCCUGACAAGUUAUACGGUCAUGUGCUUGGAGGGGGAAUGAUUGUCAUGGGUUCCAUACAAUGGCCACUGUUAAAGCUUGAUACUUACGGAUCCAUGACGGCUGAUGGCCAGACCUUCGAAAAAAUGACAAGAAGUAACAAUGGAUCCUUGAUUGGCGGACUUGGUGGUGGUUCUGGUGGUACUAUCCUACUUUUCCUUCAAGAGCUUGUGCUUGCAGACAAUUCAUCUCUAUCUGUUGUUGGGGGCAGUGGUGGCCCUCUUGGUGGUGGUGGGGGUGGGGGUGGAAGGGUUCAUUUUCAUUGGUCUAAACUAGAUAUUGGAUACGAAUAUUUUUCAGUUGCUACUGUCAAUGGUUCCAUCAACAUUAGUGGAGGUGCUGGGGACACUGGUGGUCGUUUUGGCGAGCAUGGUACAGUUACAGGAAGAAAAUGCCCAAAGGGACUCUAUGGUGUGUUUUGUAGGGAAUGCCCUAUUGGGACUUACAAGGACGUUGAAGGGUCUGAUGAACACCUUUGUACUCCUUGCUCAAUUGAGCAUCUCCCAAACCGUGCGAAUUUUAUAUACGUGCGAGGAGGAGUUAGUCAACCUUUUUGUCCCUAUGAAUGUGUAUCUGACAAAUAUAGGAUGCCUAACUGCUACACACCUCUUGAGGAGCUGAUAUAUAUGUUUGGGGGUCCAUGGCCUUUUUCACUUCUUCUGUCAUGCACCUUGAUGCUCCUGGCAUUGUUGUUGAGUACUUUGAGUGUCAAACUGCUUGGGUCAGGUUCUUAUGGUGCUAAUUCAAUUGAACACCAAAAUCAUCGACAUCUCCCACAUCUCCUUUCACUAUCUGAGGUGCGAGGAACAAGAGCUGAAGAGACCCAAAGCCAUGUUUAUAGAAUGUACUUUAUGGGUCGAAAUACUUUCAGAGAACCAUGGCAUCUUCCUUAUUCUCCUCCUAAUGCGAUAAUUGAGAUUGUGUACGAAGAUGUUUUUAACAGAUUUAUUGAUGAGAUUAACUCUGUUGCUGCUUAUGAUUGGUGGGAAGGAUCAGUGCACAGCAUACUUUCAAUUAUUGCAUACCCCUGUGCAUGGUCUUGGAAACAGUGGAGGCGAAGAAAUAAAAUUCACCGGCUACAGGAGUAUGUUAAAUCUGAAUAUGACCAUUCGUGUCUGCGUUCUUGUAGGUCACGAGCUCUGUACAAAGGGAUGAAGGUUUGACUUAUCAUGCUUUCUCAUUGCAAAUCCAUUUCCUUCCAGUA